CCCCCAUCAGACGACCAGUUUCGAUCAUCCCCCCUGCGUUGCUGAUGUCUUCCAGGACGCCGCCAUCAUGAAGUUCUUCGAGAAUGUGUUCACCUAUGACUACUCCUUCCCUGCCGUCUCUCUCGCCUACUUCCUCCGCUAUCCUAACCCCUACUCCCGUCAUGUCCUCACCACCGAUGUGAUCGACCGCUAUGUCGAUCCGGCCACCCAGCGCCUACAUACCAUCCGUCUACAUCUGAAGAAAUCCAAAAUCCCAUCUGGCAUCCUCAAAUUGCUGCCCAAGGGUAUGGGUGGCUCCGACAGUUCCGGCCAGAGUUAUAUCCUCGAGACCACCGUGGUUGACCCCAAUGAAGGCUGGAUGGAGACCGAGUCUCGAAACAUGGAGUGGACCGGUAUCCUCAGUGUGGUGGAGAAACAGCGGUAUCAGCGCCAUCUGACCGAGGAUAACUCCCAGCCCCUCGACGGUCUCUCGGUCGAUAAGAAGGAGCAGACUACCGUACGGACCACCGUCACUUUCCGCUCCCGCCUCGGCCAGGGCAAGUUGCUCGGUCGCAAGAAGGCGGAUGCGAUCGAUCACGCGGACGCUGAAGAAGAGGCUCCCAAGAAGGGCUUCUUCUCGUCCUUGUCUACUGCCGGCAUCCAGCGGACCAUUGAAUUGAUCGGUGUGAACCGAACUCGCGAGGCUGUGUUGAAAAGCAAGCAGGGCAUGAACGUGGUUUUGGAACGUCUGCGCAGUGGGGGGAUCGUCGGUGUUCUCGAGGGCAUGCGCAAAGAUCGCGAGGCUGCAUUUGGACCCGAUGCCCCCUGGAAGCGCGUGUGGUUGCAAGGCAAUGGCCUCAAGGAGCGUGUCUACGUCGAUGACGAUGACAACUGAAGGGCCGGAUUGCGGCUCCUUUUCUCCUCUUGCUCUUAUAUUUCUCGAUCUCUCUUUGAUCUUCGACUUCUUUGCAUCUUCGCAUCUCCGCAUCGUUGCGGUCUGAGCGUAUCUCCUUGCAUCUUCUGAUUUUAUCAAGCGUGGCGUUUCUGGAGUUGGGGGACACUAUCGACGGACACUCUCCCACGACAUUCUUUGUUUAUCUUUUGCUGUUGGAAUUUUUGGAUAUGUAUAUUGCCUGGUUGGGCUUAUAUCGAGGAUUCUGCGCCUCACUUGUGUAUAUUAGGGAAAUUGGAUGUGUUGGUGCGGCCCUGCUUAUGUUGAUGGAGGCAUGCCAUUUUGUACAAUUAUGAUAUUUAUCAAUAUAUUUUUCAUCGACACGCUAUCUCGAUUUUUGAGUCUCA